AUGUACUUUGGCAUCGUCACCACGACCUAUGCCUUUUCGUUCUUCACUCCGACUAUCCUCAAACAGCUUGGCUGGACGGCGGUGCGAGCCCAGGUAAUGAGCAUUCCAAUUUACAUUUUUGCCAUGGCCCUCUCCUUGGCAACGGCGGUGGUCAGCGACCGACUGCGCCACCGGUUUGCAUUCACCUUGGCCGGAUGCCUGGUGGCCACCGUCGGAUACAUCCUCCUGCUGUGCCAACAGUCCAUCCCCGUCGCGGCCCGCUACUUUGCGCUGUAUGCCGUCACCGGCGGCGGCUUCAUCACGCAGGCAAUCCUGCUGGGUUUGGUCAGUAACAACGUGGCUGGCCACUACAAAAUCUCCAUCGCAGCGGCCGUGCAGGUUGGGUUUGGGAAUUGCAGUGGGCUGGUGGCGAGCAACAUCUUUGAAGAAGAGGCGCCGACGUAA